CACAUGUUGUUUACAAUGAAUGAGACUUUCAUUUCGUGAUUACUUUUACUGCCAUUCAGUUGAUUAUCACUUCAUUUGAUUACAAGACAUGUCUGACGACCAGGACUUAGAGACCAUUCGUGCCAAACGUCUGCAACAACUGCAACAGCAGCACAGUAAUGGACCACAGGAUCAGUCCCAAAGCGAAGCCAUCGCCCAAAAACAGGCCAAAGAGGAAGAGUUCAGAAACAAUAUAUUGUCUCAAGUGUUGGAUCAAUCGGCCAGAGCUCGACUGAGCACUCUAUCGGUGGCCAAACCAGAAAAGGCCAAAAUGGUUGAGAAUCUGUUGAUACAAAACACUCGGAUGGGUCUCAUCAGGAAUAAGGUGUUAUGUGAAGACGAUUUGAUUGGACUCUUGGAGAAAGUGAGUGAACAGACCGCCAGAAAGACAACCGUCAAAUAUGACAGAAGGAGGACAGCAUUGGACGACUCCGAUGACGAGGACUAGUAAUGGACACAAUGUUUGUAGUAUUUAUACGAAUUGCAAUCAACCACUAAAUCCAUACUCAGACCUACUUUUAAACUUCUAGACUAAUUGAUAGCUAACAAAGUGAUGUUCAGUUUUAAUAAUUAACCGCUUUCUACACGUUUAUUCAAUAUUUAAAAUUUUCU